AUCCGGUCAUGCGUGGCAUUCGAGCAACUCAAACAACUGAAACAAGGGGGGCGUUAAAGAGUACUUGUCUUCGUUAUUUCGUGUCUAUAACGCAUUUCACCUAAUAGACCUUCAAAUUUGGUAAAUAUAGUGAGAAUUCUGGUUCUCAAGAACCAGUUAUUACGUUAUGGCUGAAGCUAGACUUGCAGUAGCAUUCCAAUUCGCAGUAACGGACGACGGGGAACUCAAUAUUCACUUCGAUAAGGAUGUAAUUCACCACGUAUUUCGCGCCUUAAAAAAGACGGUAAAACGUAAAUACAAGGCCGCUAAACAUAAUUUCUUAAAAUGGCAUUUUCCAGCUACCCCUUUCGCUUGGGUCUUGUUCUUCUUGGCGCUUGCUGCGGCCAGAAUUGGGGAGCAUCAGCCGACUUUGGGAGUUCUUGGUCGUCUUGAACAAGCCUUACCAGGCUUAGUUCAAGCAAGCCCAUAUAUUGCAAUAUGUUUUGGAGUGACAAUACUUGCCACUAUAUUAUGGAUGGUAUGGGGAAUUUUACUUCAGCUGACUCUUCGAGCACUCCUCACAUAUCGAGGCAUAUUGUUCGAAAGGAAACUGUCUCUCAAAUCCAAGAUAUGGGCUGGUAUUGUCAAACUGUUUACCUCUGGUGAUCCAACUCUGUAUAGUUUCCAACAAUCACUGCCAAGGCUACCUGUACCCUCACUUGACACUACACUUGACAAGCAUUUGGAAAGUGUGAGACAAAUUUUCCCUGAAGAAAAAUUCAAGAGAGUGGAAAGUUUAACUGAGGAGUUCAGGAAUGGUAUUGGAAAGAAACUACAGCGUUAUUUAGUCUUGAAAUCAUGGUGGGCAAAUAACUAUGUCACAGAUUGGUGGAAUAAUUUUGUCUACCUAAAGUCACGAGGUCCUUUGAUGAUAAAUAGCAAUUUCUAUGGUGUUGAUGGUCCUUUCAUGAAAAAGAAAAUCCAACAAACAUCAAAAGCAGCAAAUUUGAUUCAUGCUGCCUUUUUGUUUCGUAAGCUGGUUGAAAAAGAAAGACUUAAACCUUUAAUGAUGAGCAAACUAGUUCCACUUUGUUCAACACAAUACAGACUCAUGUUUAACCAAACAAGAAUACCAGGAAGGGACCAUGACAAAUUCAGUCAACAUGACUCCAUCAGUCACAUGGUGGUUUUACAUAAAGGCAGAUAUUUUAAACUAAAUCUCUACCACAAAGGAGAUUUACUUAAACCAAAAGACAUAGAAAGACAAUUAGAGAAAAUAAUAGAAGACACAUCUUCUCCUUAUCCUGGUGAAGGAUCUUUAGCAGCAAUGACAGGAGAUGAAAGGAAAACGUGGGCCGAGACUCGUGAAGAAUUUUUCCAUACUGGGGUCAACCAUAUCUCACUGAAAACCAUUGAGACUAGUGCGUUUGUAGUCGUUCUCUCGGACGAAGAACAUUACUUUGACGAGAACGACCCAACCAAAUACAAUGAUCUUGCAAAGUAUGCUUUGCAUGGCUCUGGUGACGAUAUUUGGUUUGACAAAUCGUUCAACAUAAUUAUUUUCAAGAACGGCAAGUUUGGAGUCAACGUGGAGCAUGCAUGGGCUGAUGCUCCGAUAAUGUCUCAGUGUUUUGAGUGGUUGACUGAUUGCGAAGUAAACAAGUUGGGUUAUGAUGAAAACGGACGUUGUUUGGGUGAAGCAGAACAUUCACUCAACCCUCCAGAACGGUUAAAGUGGGAAAUACCAGAAAAGUGCGUCGAGAGGAUCAACACGGCGAAACAAAAUAAUCUUGCUUUGAUUGGGGACCUUGAUCUGCAUGUUCUUGUUCACGAAGACUUUGGCAAAGAUACAAUAAAGAAAUUUCAUUUGAGUCCUGAUGCAUUUGUCCAGAUGGCGUAUCAACUUGCGAAUUACAGAGAACGUCAAAAGUUCCAACUGACGUACGAAUCUGCUAUGACACGUCUGUAUAGGGAUGGACGGACUGAAACAGUACGGCCUUGUACGGCAGACUCAUGUGCUUUUGUCCACACAAUGAUGGAUUCCAAUACAUCGAAAGAGGAAAAAAAGAAUUCAUUGAUCAAGGCUUGUGGUACGCAUUCAGUCAACAUUCGAAAGGCAAUGGCUGGAGAAGGGGUCGACCGACAUCUAUUUUGUCUUUAUGUCGUGUCGAAAUAUCUGGAGAUCGAAUCGCCAUUCCUUAAUGAGAUUCUCAGCGAACCAUGGCAUAUUUCAACAAGUCAGACUGCUGCAGAUCAAAUGCAGAUUGCCACCUACAACAAGGAGAAGAGCAUGACUCCAGGAGGAGGUGGAUUUGGACCGGUGGCGGACGAUGGGUAUGGAUUAUCCUAUCUUAUAACAGGCCACACAUUAAUCGUGCAUAUAACCUGCAAGAAAUCAUCGCCGCUGACGAGCGCGAGUCGUUUCUCGGAUAUGAUUCAGGAAUCGUUUAUGGACAUGAAAGCACUCUUCGACGAGUGAGUAUUUCACGAAAGGAAGCAAAAAGUAUUUUAAAGAUGAUAGAAGUUCUAUUUUUCAACCAAAUAGUGAGAUUGUUGUGAAUGAUGAGAACGAAACUUCGAUUUAAACCUCUCCUUAAAAAAGGAUUUUUAUUUAAACAUUAACGUAUUUUACUGUAGUCAACGAUUGUUCAAACUUUUUGACAAUCACUUGCAAUAGUAAUCCAAUCUAGGAAUUUGAAGGACUACCAGAUAUGUAUUGGAGGUGGGGGGGGGAAGCUCGGUCUCAUUUGUUAAUAUCAUUUGUCAUGUUGGGGAACUACACCCCCCCCCCGCUCCUUCAUAUUUUUUCAAGAUUUCACACCGAUUGUAAGUGAUUUGAUCAACGAGAUUUUACGCUCUAAAUUCUGUAUAAUGUUCUAAAGUUAACAAGCAGCCAUUUUGGCAGAUCGCCAUUUUUUCUUUUAGAUUCCCCUCUUAAAAUCCGAUCUAUAGAACUUGGCAAAUGCCUAACUAUGGUUAUCGUACUCAAUAUAGAAAUAUCCUUCCAAUUUUUGUAUUUAUUCUGAUAACUUUUAAUCACUUGUUGGAUAAAGAAAGGAGAAUUUAUUGUAGAAAUUAAUAAUUAUAGGUCCUGUUUUUCUUACUGUACAAAAUAUUUACAACAACGUUCAUCUAUAAAUUUU